AUGGCUCAUCAUAGUUCAGGGGAUCUCGCAUGGGCUCAUGCCCGUGCAGGUGCUUCCUCUGCUUCUGUGGCCUCUGCCCCUGCAAGAUCAGAUGAUCCUGCAUGGGCUCAUGCUCGUGCAGUGCCUAAUGCAAAAAAUAACACUAUAUGUUUGCAUUGUAAUAAGUUGAUUAAAGGGGGUGGUAUUACUAGACUUAAGUAUCAUCUUGCUGGGAUUAGAGGUCAAGUUGAACCAUGUAAAAAGGUUUCAUCUGAUAUUAGGGGAAAGGAUGUUGACAAUGAUAUGGGUCAAAUAAGAGGAAAGAAGAAAAUUAAGAGUUAUUUUGCUCCUAGAACAACCCCCGGUGCUCAACCCUCUAUAAGAAGUGCUUUGGCUACAAAAGCAAUGAUUGAUAAUGCAAAAAUGAAUGUGGCAAGAUGGUGGUAUCGUUCUAAUGUACCCUUUUAUGCAUCUCAGUCACCCUAUUAUCAACCUAUGAUUGAUUCCAUUGCUGCUAUUGGGCCGGGAUUUAAGGGGCCUUCUUUUUAUGAGUUGAGGGGACCCCUUUUGAAAAAUGUUGUCCAUGAAGUUAAUGAUUUUUUGUUAGAUAUAAAAAAUGAUUGGAAAGUAUAUGGCUGUUCACUAAUGUCUGAUGGGUGGACAAAUCAAAAGCAGCAACCAAUAAUGAAUUUUUUGGUGUAUUGUCCAAGGGGAGCCAUGUUCUUGAAAUCUAUUGACACUUCAGGCCUUACAAAGGAUGCUGAAACUUUGUUUAAUAUAUUUGAUUCUGUUGUUCAAGAAAUUGGUGUGGAAUAUAUUGUGCAAUUGAUUACAGAUAAUGCUUCUGCCUAUAAAAAAGCUGGAAAAAAAUUACAGCAGAAGUAUGGUACUUUAUUUUGGUCUCCUUGUGCAGCUCAUUGCAUAGACUUGAUGUUGGAGAAUAUUGCUAAUCCUAGGUGGUUCCCUCUUAUUGAUGAAGCAAUUAAGAAGGCAAAAAAGAUAACAAAGUUCAUUUACAACCAUGGAGUUGUUUUAGACUUGAUGAGGCAAGAUUUUACAAAUGGAAGAGAGUUAUGUCGUCCUGCAAUUACAAGGUUUGCCACUAACUUCUUAAGUCUACAAAGCAUGCUAAGGUUCAAAAAAGAGCUUAGACAAAUGUUCACUUGUGAUAAAUGGCUUUCAUGCCCCCGUGCUAAGACUGCCGUUGGGAAGGAGAUAAGUAAAAUUGUUUUGGAAGAUUAUGCGUUUUAG